AUGUGCACAGUGACUCAUGCCGCAAAUCCACCCACAAACCCCACACUCACCUACCCACAACCCCCCACACAGGCCGCAUAUCCAUCCACAUUACCCACAAAAACCCACAAAACCCCACACUCACCAACCCACAAACCUCCACACAGCCGCAUAACCAUCCACAUACCCACAAACCCACAAACCCCCACACAGCCGCAUAUCCAUCCACAUACCCACAUACCCUAUGCCCCCUUCGCCCAGUGUAUGUCGCCUGAUAACCACACCCGAAAUACCCAUCCCGUCGCUCGCAGAACAGCAAACUUCACAACAGGACACUUUAAGACUAAACCUCAAACUUAUCUCCAAGUACCUCCCAAAAUAGGACACUUUAAAAUGAAAAUGAAGACAUUUCCAAACGGUUUUACAAGCGUUUUUCAACCACGAGAGCCCUACAGCCCCACAGCCCCACAGCCCCAGCCCCACAGCCCGGCAGCCCCGGCAGCCCUACAGCCCACAGCCCCGGCAGCCCCACAGCCCCACAGCCCCGGCAGCCGCGGCGGGGCCUCCCUCCCUCAGGCGGCGAGGCGUCGGAGGUGCAUCCCGCAGCCGCCACGGGAGGCGGAGGCGGAGGCGGUGGGUGGUGGACGGCGGUGUCGCGGGGCCCCGGGGGUUGCCAAGUGUGCCAUGUGCCACAAAUACGGGCCACGGGAGCCGACGUUCCCUGUAACCCCGGUUCAGAACCCCGACGAGCAAUCACCUGAACCCCCGCACCAUAAGACAGUUGUCACUUUCCAAAAAUUUUGCUGUGACAAUUAUCGCUUUACUUUCAUCGUGGUUUUACAGCAAUGA